AAGCCCACAGCUCUGGGUCCUGCUGAUCUGAAAGGCAUCGCUCCCUUCUCAAGCAUAUCAAGCCAGAGAUGCGGCAUUUUAUUCCAAUUUAUAGCUAUUGCGGCCCAGAGCUUUUACAUUGCUAGCGCAACUUCUACCUACCGUUCUGUAGCGUACUUCGCGAACUAUGCAAUAUAUGGCAGGAAGUUUUUCCCGGAAGACCUCCCUGCUGAGAGACUUACACAUGUUCUGUAUGCCUUUGCCAAUGUGCACCCUGAGAGUGGGGAGGUAUAUUUCUCCGAUCAAUGGGCAGACCUUCAAUACACCUAUGGCAAUGAUUCAAGAGAGGCGGGAAACAAUGUUUAUGGGUGCGUAAAGCAGCUUUAUCUACUGAAGAAAUCAAAUCGAAAUCUUAAAGUGCUCCUAUCUAUUGGUGGGUGGAGCUUCUCAGCAAAUUUUGCAGGUCCUGCAAGCUCAGACCAGAAACGAAAAAUGUUUGCCCAAAGCUCUAUUAAAUUACUCCAGGAUGCUGGAUUUGAUGGCUUAGACAUUGAUUGGGAGAUGAACAGUAAGCAAGCGCUUGAUAAUUACAGUGCAGCACAUCCCAAUGGAAAAAAACUUCUUUUAACAGUGGCAUCCCCCGCGUAUCUAACAGACCUAUUAGCGCCGGCGAGAAUCAAUACAUUGAAACUCGCCGAUAUGGAUUCUAAACUGGAUUUCUGGAACCUCAUGGCGUACGACUACGCCGGGAGUUUUUCGGCCACAACAGGGUACCUAGCUAAUGUUUACAAUGAAACCUGUAAUCCUAGGUCUAUACCAUUCAACACUGAUCAGGCAGUCACCAUGAUGAUUGAGGGUGGAGUGGUUGCUAAUAAGAUUGUCCUGGGAAUGCCGCUUUAUGGCCGCUCAUUCGCUAACACUGAUGGUCCUGGGAAGCCUUUUAAUGGUGUCGGCCAAGGAAGCUGGGAAGAAGGAGUCUGGGAUUACAAAGUCUUACCACAGGCAGGGUACCAAGAGUAUACUGACACUAACAUCAUUGCAAGCUAUAGCUACAAUCCUAGUACAAGGACACUCAUCAGCUAUGACAACCAACAGGUAGCCGAAAUGAAAGGAGAUUACAUCAAAUCCAGAGGCCUUGGGGGUGCGAUGUGGUGGGAAAGUAGCUCUGAUAAAUUGGGCACUGGUAGUUUGAUUACCACUGUGGUGAAUGCAUUGGGAGGGGAAGGGGCACUAGAACGAAGCCUGAACCAGUUGGACUAUCCAAUUUCCCAAUAUGAGAAUGUGCGCAGUGGAAUGUAG